GUCAUGUCUUGUUCAUUAUUCACAGUAAUGUACAGUACAGUUAACAGUGAUUAUCAUUUUAUUUUUAGAUUUGCAUCAUACAAGCAUCUCCAGGCCUUUUGGCACCUGGUGGAGCCUGCAGUGAAAACCAGGAUGGUCCGGAUCACCAGUUCCUGUGCUGCCUCUGCCAAUGUCAGUGAGCCAACUCAACAAAGAUCAACAAAACUCGCACCAAUAGAUGAACUGCUGCUGUUUCUGAUGCACCUGUCUGUGGGCCUACCUCUCAGGGAUCUUGCCAACCGCUUUGGUAUUCACCGCACCACAGCCAGCAGAAUUAUUGCAACAUGGACACACUUUCUGUACCAUCUACUUGGAUCUGUUCGCUUGUGGAUUCCAAAAGAAGAAGUGAAGGCUCACUUGCCACCCGAAUUUUCAGCAUUUCCUGACACACAAGUAGUGCUUGACUGCACAGAAAUUUUUUGCCAAACUCCCUCCUCGCUUGUUUUGCAGAGUGAGGUAUUCUCAACAUACAAAUCCCACACCACAUUCAAGGCCAUGAUUGGCAUUGCACCCCACGGUCCCAUCACCUUUGUGUCUGCAUUGUAUGCAGGCUCUUUGAGCGACCGGGAAAUCUUUAAACUGUCUGGAAUCACCAAACUCCUCACUGCUGACACAGCUAUUAUGGUGGACAAGGGUUUUCUCGUUGACAACCUUUUUCCAUGCAAGGUCUACCGACCUGCCUUUCUUUCAAACAGGAGCCAAAUGUGUAGAGAGGAUGUACAGCAGACCCAGUCCAUUGCCCGCUUGCGUGUUCAUGUCGAGAGGUGUAUCCGAAGGGUUAAAGAAAACAAGCUCUUUGACAAAGUCAUACCAUUGUCAGUGUGUGGAAGCAUUGAUCAAUUGUUUAGUGUGGCAUGCUUCCUGGUAAACUACCAAAACGGGCCACUGGUGAAAGCGUGGGCAGGCAAAUGAAUAAACUCUAAUACUGUACUCUAAUUCUAAUACUGUACAGUAGGUCAAAACACAUACACGCACACCAGUGGAAUAGAAGUACUUUCAUACCACAGUAAUGUUAAAGCUGCAAUCAGAUUUACUUUUUAAUUUCUUUGUUAAAAGUUGUGACAUUUGUGUUUAAUUUCAAAUUUGUUCGUAUGAUUGCAAGUACUGUUAAAAAAACAAAACAAAAAAAA